CUCGCUUGCACGCAGCCCGCCAGGAUGCCAGGCCGUUGCAAAAGCGCUUGGCUGAAGAACGCUUCAAGCUCGCAACAGCGCGAUCGGAAAAUGAUGCGCAACGACGAGCUUUCGGCUCUGUGCGGCCGCGGCGGUCGGCAGAUGGGAUGCCGCGCGGUGUAUUUCUCGCGCGCUCAAGUGGCGGGCCCUCCGCCAUCUCGAGUGCUGUCCGCCGCCCACAUGAUCAUCCAACUGGCCAAGGACACACACUUGUAGGUGUGGGACCACACACACGCAGGCAGACAGACAGGGAGAUCCACUUUCUCUGUGUGUCAGGUCGUCGCCUCAGAUCUGCUGCACGGCGCUGUUUGUGCUGCAGAGGCUGUCGCUCAAAGCCAAACUGACCGACGCCGACGAGACCGUAACACUCACACACACUCUGCACACCACACACAGGUCUCUCUGCCGCCAUCUGUGUGUGUGUGUGACAGGUGUUGGCGGCGUCGUGUCUGUUUCUGGCCGCCAAGAUGGAGGGCAAACUGCUCCGCGCACCCAAACUGGCCGACUGCAUCAUCAGGCGCGAGAGGGCCCAGCCGACGCCCCUCCAGCCACUGGUGGCCACACACCCAUCACCCCCCAGCCCCACCCCGGCCCAGCACUCGUCGAUCGCCUCGCCGGCGAUGCCGCCGUCGCCUGCCAGCAUGGUGGACAGCCGAGACGAACAGCCGCAGCCAAAGGGGGAGAAGGAGAAGGAGGAUGGCGUGUGGGAGGUCAGCUGAGAGGGACACUGUGGGCGUCACAGACAGACAGACAGACACUGAGGGGUGUGUGUGUUGCGUGUGCGUGUAGGCGGUGAGGGGCGGGAUUGAGAGCGCCAUGAUCGCGACGGAGUUUCAGGCAAGAGAGAGAGAGAGAGAGAGGGAGAGAGAGAGAGAGAUGCACUGAUGGACCUGUGUGUGUGGCUUCUGUGUGUGUUCAGAUCAUUUACGAGCUGUCAUUUGACUUCGACAUGGAGACGGCCGUCCCGCACAUCCACUCGUACGUCACCAAACUGUCGACCUACAUAGCCACCGGUAAACAAGUGCCUGGGCACCACACCCUCUGAUGCCGUCGUGUGUGUGUCGCUGCGGUUUGUCGAUGGUCAGCUGCCAAGAUCGAGGACCUCCGCAAUGUGGCCCUCAUGUUCGCCGUCGACGCCUACCACACACGGCUGCCACUCGUCGAGACACCGCAACUCAUCGGUCAGCUGGUCUCUCUGUCUGCCGGGGCACACACACAUCAGUCCGUUUGGACGACCCACUUCUGUGUGUGUGUGUGUGUGCAGGUUUAGCGUGUCUGUGUCUGAGUGUGCGGUUUCUGAAGCUGAAGAUGCCCAAGAUCACCAUGGCGGGCGACGGCAGGGCGACAGGCAAGACAGUCAAAUGGACCGAAUUCCUCUCUGAGGAUAUCAGGUGGGGGCAGAGGGGUCGGGGAGGGUGGGGGUGCUGGUCGGUGUGUGAGUGAUCAUUGAGAACAUUGUAACUAAGUCUCUGGUGCAUUGCCUGUCCCAAUCUCUCUCUCUCUCUCUGUGUCUGUGUGUCUGUCUGUGUGUGUGUGUGUGUGUGUGUGUCAGUGAGGGUGAGGUUCUCGAGUGUGCCCGGCAGCUGCAGCCGCUCUACGACGGCACUCUCUACCACACACCGCAGUGGACUGACCGACCCAAACACACCAAGACACUCAGGUCAACACACACAGACCAUCUCACUCACACACACGCACCUUGCCCCACUUCUGCAGGCCCUAUGCUGUUGGCCACGGCGGUGGGGCGCGCCGGUCGAGUGUGCGGAUGUCGCCAUAUGGCGGUGGGGGCGGCCGGAGCAGAGGCAAACGAGAUGUGCUGAGAAGCGCAUGACGGUCCAUUUGUGUGGGAGGCGAUGGCCAUCGGACCUACAGACGGACUUUUGUAGUGCGGGAGGAUCCUUAGCUAAUGUGAUUAGCGAGCCUGGCGGUGUCUGGUGGGUGCCCUUGGCCCCCUCCCCAUGCACGCCGUCUUGUGUGUCGGUUGGUUCCGUCCCGCAGACCUCGUGUGUGAGUGGGGGGCGAAGGACACCCAAAGGACACAGACGAGAGAGAGAACGGCCGACACUCUUUGCCAGUCAGCCUGACGGACAGGGGGCUGCUCGGGACCCAUGUGUGUGUACUCGAUGUGUCUCGUUGGUGCGAUUCUCUCUGUGCGGCUGCGUCCUUGUCUCAGCGUCUGUGUAUGCUGCCUCAUCACUGUGACGGCUCAGUGCGUGGGGCUCCGUACACUGACGUCGGCUGAAGGGGGCACACGUGCGAGAGGGAUGACUGGUGCGAUGGACGACUGCAUCAAUAUCGGUGCACUUACCGGAUAAGACAGCUGUG